ACUGAUUAAUGCCGAUCUUCAGUUGUUUCAGGUUCUGAAUCAACUAGGAGCCGCAUAGGCGGUUUAAGAUGUUGAGGGUUGCAGUUAAAUUUGUAUAUCGAGGACCGCCAAGGGUGCUCCGUUGCAACACCGCCAAACUCCACAUAUCGUCGAGGAAUCUUCAGUCCACUGGUUCCGAAAAUACUCGAGGAAGAGGGAGAGCUGGGAAGUUCUUCUAUUUUCUAGGUACAAUAACAUUGGCCUCUGGAGGAACAGUUGCAUAUGCCAAUUAUGACCCAGAAUUUCGAAGGUGGUUAGAGGCUAAUGUUCCCUAUGCCGGUGAUGCUUUUAAUGUAGUAUUACGAGAUAAUAAUGCCUUGUAUACUUCUCUGAACAACUAUGUCAGUGAGUUGAAGAACCAAGUUUUGGGACUGAUUUCUCGCAAAGAAGAUAAAUCUCCACCUACAAAACCUAGAACAGAACCGAAACCUGUACUUGAAGAGACGAAUGAGAAGAAAGCUCAUAAAACUCCUGCAAAGGUGCUGCCAUCCUUUACAAAUGCUCCUACUGAACCUCAGAGUGCAAAGGCUGAAGUUAGACUUCUUCCUGACUGUCCCCCUCCUCCACCUGAAACAGCUCCCGAACAAGCAAGACCAACUGCUGCAGCUGCUAGUGACAAGUUACCACCAGCCCAACCUCAGAAUGUUUCUGAGUUGGAGCAGAAUGUGAUGGAUUCUGUGAAAUUAGCGAUUAGUGCGUAUAGAGAAGCUGCUUGUGCUUGUAAAGAACAUGGCAAGGAUAUUGGACACAUUGUAGAAGAGUCAAUAGAGAGGAUAGACUCAAAUGUGUGGUCGCAACUUAAGUCAAAAGCAGAAAAGAGAGAAGCAGCAUUGGUAUUAUCACAAGAAAGAGCCAAAACAGCCACUGAGAGUAUUGAGAAGCUGAGAUUGUUUGUCGAGGAUAGUAAAGCUGAUAUAUCAGAAGCACAAAAGGAAACUAUUAAACAGAAUAUUAUGCGUUUGCAAGAAGAACUCGCUAUUGCUGCAAAGGGACUGGAAGUGGAACGCCAGAGAGCCGAUGUUACAGACAAAUAUUGGAGGAAGGUGGAAGAAGCACGAAGACAUUUUGCUGAAGAACUGGAAGUACUUAUUCCUUCUUUUAAGAUCACAGAUAGAAAACUCAAGAUUGCAGAAGGUGAUUUAGAUCUAUUUAUUCUUCACGCAUUUCGCACUGUACUCUAUUACCAAAAGGAACUGCAGAAGUUAGAGACACUAUAUGAUCAGCGGCUGCAGAUUGCUCUUGAAAAAACUGGCGGUGCUGUUGACAAGGCCAUUGUUAUUGCUGAAGUUGAAGCGGAACUUGAGAGAGAACGAAGGAAAUUGGAUGCUGAAUUUCAGAAAAAGUCUCUCGGUCUGAAAGCAGAGGCAGAGCGCGAACUCCGCAUGCAACUGAAGCGACAGGCGGAGGCCCACAGUGACCACCUGCAUGAUGCCUUGGCGCUGCGGGAAGUGGAACUAUCCCGUAAAUAUCAGCGCACAGCAGAUGAGAGGAUCGCAGAAGAACAGGCCAAGUACAAACUGCAGAUUGCCUCGAUGAUGGGACGACUAAAAGGCCUUGAGACAGCUCUCAGAGCACGUGCCGAAGCUGACAAAAAGGCAGCCCAGGCACAGCUGCUGUGGAGUGCUGCACAAUCUCUCCACUCCGCUCUCAAGGCUGGUGUUCCUGGCGAACCUUGGACACGGCAACUCCGCCCUCUGGAGGACGAUGUACUUGCUCUCAGGAAAGCGGCAGUUGAAGGAGAUGAGCUUGUGGAAGCUGUGUUGGCAGCCAUUCCGAAGGAAGCCGUCUCUCGAGGUGUCUAUCCGGAAGACGCUCUGAGGGAAAGGUUCCUCAAAGUGGAGCGCAUCGCUCGGCGCCUGGCGCUUCUGCCCGAGAGUGGAGGGUCACUGCCCCUCUACUUCUUUUCUUAUCUGCAGAGCCUCUUCCUCAUAAAUGCAGUGGACCCCAUACCCCAAGCAGAAUUAUCUGAUGAACCAGUUAACCUGGCCCAUUUGGAUACUUUUGAUAUACUGCAAAGGGCGAGAUAUUGGUUGGACAGAGGCAACUUCACACAGACACUGAAAUAUAUGAAUUUACUGAAAGGAGCUUCAAGGCAGAUUGCCAGUGAUUGGAUGAAUGAAACUAGAAUUUUGCUGGAAACUCAGCAAGCUGCUGGAACAUUGUUGGCACAUGCGGCAGCAGCAGGGCUGAUUCAUCUGUGAAUAGCAAAUAUGGAGUUGAAUGCAUGAGUAUUGUUAAUGUCUAGUGUAAUGUCAUGAAAUUCUUGCAUUUCCUUCUCUGUAAAUGCCAUUCUGAAAUUUUUAUGAAGUUUUUCAUAUUUUUUGCUGUUUCUGCAUAUCUCACAUUCAUUCCACAAUUAUUAGCCGGCAUUUGUGACAGUGCUAGCAACGAAGUUCAUAUUUUCUUGAACAUUUCUGGUUACAUAUGAAUUAACUCCUUCUGUGGGCGAAUGUAAAUAACUGUUGUCAAGAAAAUAUCAUGUUUUGUACAGUUUGUAUGUAUGUUUUUCUAGAACAUCUUGUAAAACUGUGAUUUUGGAGAACAGACUGUAACUAUAUAAUAUGUAAAUACAGCUAAGAUAAAACUCA